GGCGGAAGUGAAGGGCUGGCUGAGCUGGGGGAGCUUUGCCUGGGUGGCGCUUUCCUGUUCUCUAGUCCGCCCCCGCCGGAGGGGCUCGGCUCCGGGAUUCAAGAUGGAGUCGUUGAGUAGAGCUGGGCAAGAGAUGAGUCUGGCGGCCUUGAAGCAGCACGACCCCUACAUCACCAGCAUCGCAGACCUCACGGGCCAGGUCGCCCUGUACACUUUCUGCCCUAAAGCCAACCAGUGGGAGAAGACUGAUAUAGAAGGGACCCUAUUUGUAUAUCGAAGGUCAGCUUCGCCUUACCAUGGUUUUACCAUUGUCAACCGACUGAACAUGCACAAUCUGGUUGAACCAGUGAAUAAAGAUUUGGAAUUUCAGCUCCAUGAACCAUUCCUCCUGUAUAGAAAUGCAAGCUUGUCAAUAUACAGCAUCUGGUUUUAUGACAAGAAUGACUGUCACCGAAUAGCGAAACUCAUGGCUGAUGUGGUGGAAGAGGAGACACGGCGAUCCCAGCAGGCUGCUCGAGAUAAACAGAGUCCCAGCCAGGCCAAUGGCUGCAGCGACCAGAGGCCCAUCGACAUCCUGGAGAUGCUUAGCAGAGCCAAGGAUGAGUAUGAGAGGAAUCAGAUGGGCGGCUCAAAUAUCUCCAGCCCUGGGUUACAGCCAAGCACUCAGCUCUCCAAUCUGGGAAGCACCGAGACUCUAGAAGAGACACCCUCUGGGUUACAAGAUAAGUCUGCUCUGUCUGGUCACAAACAUCUGACAGUAGAAGAGUUAUUUGGAACCUCUUUGCCAAAGGAGCAGCCAACAGUUGUGGGUCUAGAAUCAGAAGAUGUGGAAAAGCUACCCGGAGAUGCAUCACAGAAAGAGCCCAGUUCGUUUCUCCCAUUUCCCUUUGAGCAGUCAGGGGGAGCGCCUCAGUCUGAAAGCCCAGGUGUUUGUUCUGCCACUCACCACACGGUCCAGCCUGAAGUGAACGCCCCAGUGCUCAUCACUCCUGCCUCUAUUGCACAGUCGGGUGAAAAGAACGCCCCAAGCUACACAAUCCCCCUGAGCCCUGUCCUCAGUCCCACACUGCCAGCCGAAGUUCCUGCCACACAGGUUCCCCACUUACCUCGGAAUAGCACCAUGAUGCAAGGAGUAAAGACCACACCUAGACGGAAGUCUCCACUCCUGAACCAGCCAGUCCCUGAGCUAAGCCACAGCAGUCUGAUUGCUAGCCAGAGCCCCUUUAGAGCCCCAGUGAGCCUGUCAAGUACACCUGGCACGUCCCUCCCAAGCGUUGAUCUGCUCCAGAAACUCAGGUUGACCCCACAGCAUGACCAAAUACAGGCACAGCCUCUUGGAAAAGGCGCAAUGGCGCCCAACUUCUCUUCAGCAGCUAGCCAACUGGCCACCCCUGAGAGCUUCAUAGAGCCUCCCAGUAAGACAGCAACUGCAAGAGCAGCAAGCUCAGCCUCCCUGAGCAACAUGGUGCUUGCUCCAACCCUUCAGUCUAUGCAGCAAAACCAGGAUCCUGAAGUAUUUGCCCAGCCUAAGGUGUUACCCAGUGCCGUCCCGAUUUCAGGCCCUCCGUUGGUUACUGCAGCAACCACAGCAGUAUCUUCUAUCCUGCUGUCCCCCAGUGUGUUCCAGCAAACAGUUCCCAGGUCCACAGACCUAGAGAGGAAAGCAAGCUCUCCUUCUCCCCUUACUGUUGGAACACCUGAAAAUCAGAGGAAGCCUUCGAUCAUUCUCAGCAAGUCUCAGCUCCAGGACACACUGAUCCAUCUAAUAAAGAAUGACUCUAGCUUCCUCAGUACACUUCAUGAAGUCUACUUGCAGGUUUUGACCAAGAACAAAGACAACCACAACCUAUGACUGGGCAAAGUCCGUGUGAAGGUAGAGGGCGCACCUCAGAAACAGGCGGGCUUCCUCCUGCACAUCUGAACAGAACCCAGGACUUCGGGAGCCUGAGUUGGAGCCUUUGAGAGAGCCUUGUUCCUUAAGGUUGUUUUCUAGAGACAUUCUCAGUGAUGAUGGAGGUUUCACUGUGAAGCAUCACCAGCAGACCCUUGUUUGACAAAAACAACAAAAAAGA